AUGGUGCGAUUCUAGCGGCGUGUGGCGGCGUAUGUCGCAACUGUUCACAGAUAACAGCUCUGGUGCGCUAUCAGUGUUGAGAACCUCGCAUAGUGCACUGCGGACAUGGAGACACAAAGAGUGGAAGCCUUGGCCAGCCUCAGGACUCUUGUUCAAGAUGAAAAAGACUUAUUUGUCGGAAGCCCCAUAGAUGACAAUCUACUCCUUCAGUAUCUUCACUAUGCGAACUUCAACGUAGAUGAAGCAUUUGAAAAGAUGAAGGUGGUGUACAGCCUGAAGGCACAAAACAGUGAGUGGUACGCCCACAGGCGGGAUCCUGCUGUACAUGAUGUAAUCCUCAAGAAGGGAGUCCAUCUCAUGUUGGACAACAGAGACCAGCUGGGGCGCAGAAUCUAUCUGCUCAGGCUUGGUAACAGAAAUCUGGUGUACGGUGCCCAUGAGCCACACGAGAUGUUCCAAGUAGAUGACCUGUGGUUGAGCUUGGCUUUGGACGAGGAAGAGACACAAAAGAAUGGACUGGUAAUGAUUUUCGACAUGGAAGGCAUGCCGUGGAAGUUCCUCCGUUACUUCACUCCUCACAUAGUCAGGGUUACCACGACUAAGGCGGAGAAUAUUCCGGUACGCAACAUCCAGUUCCACGUGGUGAACCCUGGACUUCUGCUGCACACCGUCAUCCAGCUCGUCUUCCCCUUCCUCAGCCAGGCUACCAAAGAGCAGGUGUUUUUUCACAAGAAACUGGAGGGUUUACACGCGCACGUAUCCCCGAGCGCCCUGCCCGUGGAAUAUGGUGGGGAGAGACCUGCCCUAGAUCCAUCCUCUCUCGCCGCCAAGUACCUGGAUGCGAGAAACAAUCGAAUUGCUGAGUUGCUAUCUUAUGGUUACAACGUGACCAAAUGAUGCCGGCAGUAACGUUGAGUAUGAUGCAGGACAACCAUAACCUUGAUGGAAGGAUCAAGAAAGUGCGGCGAGUAGAGUAUGAUUUCGAGUUGGAGCGUUUGAGUUGGUGUGUGUUCCAGGCACAGCGUAGGAUAGUAUUUUUUAGAAAAAACUCUAACAUUUUGUUUUAUAAGAAACUGAAUAUAUAGUUCCAGGUUCUAACUGUACAGGUAUAUCACUUGUGGAUUUUCUUUAUAGGAAUUUAAUAAUAAACAUCGUCCCUCAUCGAUUUUAACAAGGGUUGAUAACAUUAAUUAUAUUUUGAACCACCCAAUCAUUUAACAAUUGAUUAUUACUCAUUUACUCAAAUUACUCAUAAACAAGUUCAUAUAAAACAUGUUUUGCAGACACAGAUCUCAUUUAUGUCACCUUUUCACUGCCGAAUUAUACGUUAAAAGUUUUACUGUAAUUUAAAUUGAAAGUAAUAUCUCAUUCAAAAUGUAAAAUUUAAUUCUAUACAUAUUAUAUGAUAUUAAUACAUUUUGGAUUUCACUUCCCCUAUUUUAGGAAACAAAAUUGUGAGUCUCGUUAAAUAGAACCUUUCCCUACUGUUCUAAAUCUGAAAUCUUUAAAGCAUUUACAAUUUUUAGUUGACAUGUAAAAUAUCACCUUCUUUUAGGAUAUUUUGAGGUACACUUUAUAAAGUAUUACAUGAUUUAGAGAAAUUAAAAGCAAUUUUUUAUUUAAUGGUAAGAACGCUAAAAACGUUUUUGAUUCUUUAUUUAUUAUUAUUUCCAUUUAAAAAGUUUAACACAGCAACAGAUACUCUUAAUAAACACGUAGAAAACAGUAGACUAUACUUAAAUUUGUAAUUAUAGCUGAAUUUCUCAAUGAUGUAAUAACUUUUUCUUUGGAAAGUUUCCUGUUAUAAUAUCUGCAACAUUUCCUUCUCUGAUUUUUGAAGCUUAUUAUUUUUUUAUCAAAUAGCAAUGAAUUUCACAUUUCAAAAGGUAUGUACUGCUGUUAUAAUAGUAGAACAGUUCGUUUGUACUAUUCUAUAGUGUAAGUAUUUGUUGUAAUCGAAGAGAGAUGUUUGUACGGUACAGAUCUUUUCGAGUCUAUAAAUGACUAUAUUACAUAGAUUGAUAUUAUUGUUUUGGUAAAGUUUACUCAAUUUUAUAAAUUAAUAAUAAAAUAUAUUUAUUUA